UGAACGCAUUAUUAUAUUGACAUGUUUGUGAUGAGGUGUGAAUCGUGAAAUCUCCGUCUCGCAGAAAUGGUUUUAUUAUAAAAUCAUAGUUUACCUCGGCUCUUUAAAGUUUUGUGAUGUUACUUAUGUGCCGUUAUUUAGCGGUCGUAUAAAUCUAAUAUUACCGUCAAACAGUGCCUCAACACAGCUAUAAAUGUAUAAAAAAACCACGCAAUUGAGUCUAUUCCAAUAGGAACUAAUGGAGUGAUAUCCAUAUAAAAUAAUGAUGCAAACCAAUCUCAAAACUAAAGAAAUGUUUAUAGUUCGAGCACUAGAGAAGAUAUUGGCUGAUAAGGACAUAAAAAGGUCCUAUCAUAGUCAGUUGAAAAAGUCUUGUGAAGUAGCUCUUGAGGAAAUAAAAACUGAGCUGAAAAAUGGAGGACAACCAGAAUCGUCUGAGAGUCCAUCAUCGGGCACACUGCCUCUGCCCAAAAAUGAUGCAUCAAACAUUAUCACAGCUGAGAAAUAUUUUCUGCCAUUUGAACUGGCAUGCCAAAGCAAAGCAUCCAGGAUAGUUGUGACAGCUUUAGACUGUCUUCAAAAACUUAUUGCCUAUGGUCAUCUAACAGGCAAUAUUCCUGAUUCAACAACACCAAGAAAACUUUUGAUUGACCGCAUUGUGGAAACGAUAUGUAGCUGCUUCACUGGUCCACAAACAGAUGAAGGAGUUCAACUACAAAUAAUAAAAGCUCUAUUAACAGUAAUAACAAGCCAACAUGUUGAGGUACAUGAGGGCACUGUGCUGCUUGCUGUCAGGACUUGUUACAAUAUAUAUUUAGCAAGUAAAAACCUUAUAAACCAAACAACAGCUAGAGCAACUCUAACACAAAUGCUCAAUGUUAUUUUCACUAAAAUGGAAAAUCAAGCUUUAGCAUCUGAUUCCAAUAAUACAGAAAUACAGCAUAAAAUACCCAAUGGCAAUGUCGUGAGUGAUGAAUCCAAUGCAGAAGAAAAACUACCUUCUAAUAAUCAUGUACAUGUAGAAGAAAAGGAAGUCACUCCACAACAUGAACAAAUUGAUGAAAUUUUGGAAGCAAAAAUUAUUGCUAAGCAAAUAGUAGAUUCUGUUAUAGACAAUGCUAUCACUAUUGCUACAAAGAAAACUGCAGAUAAUAUAAGUGAAAAUAUUCCUGAAAAUAAUGAAAAUCCAUCAGAUUCACAAGACAGUGGUAGUGUAUCCCAAGAAAGCAAUGGUCAAGCUGGAGCAGAAUCUUCAAUGACACGAAUACCAUCUCAAGAAAGUGUCGAUGUUGCUUCAGAGAAUGACAAUUCAGUAACGGCUAAAUUCACUCACAUUCUACAAAAAGAUGCAUUCCUUGUAUUUAGAGCCCUCUGCAAAUUAUCUAUGAAACCCCUUCCUGAAGGUACUCCCGACCCCAAGUCACAUGAAUUGAGGUCUAAGAUUCUAUCUCUGCAUUUACUUCUAUCAAUUCUGCAAAAUGCAGGACCAGUGUUUAGAAACAAUGAGAUGUUCAUAACUGCUAUUAAACAAUACCUUUGUGUUGCAUUAUCAAAAAAUGGUGUGAGCUCUGUGCCUGAAGUGUUUGAACUUUCACUGGCAAUAUUCCUGGCUCUACUUCAAAACUUUAAAGUUCAUCUCAAAAAACAAAUUGAAGUCUUUUUCAAAGAAAUUUUCAUGAAUAUUUUGGAAACAUCAAGUUCAACCUUUGAACACAAAUGGAUGGUUAUACAAGCACUUACAAGGAUCUGUGGUGAUGCUCAAAGUGUUGUUGAUAUCUAUGUCAACUAUGAUUGUGAUUUAUCAGCUGCAAAUCUAUUUCAAAGGUUGGUAAAUGAUGUCUCGAAAAUUGCACAAGGGCGACAAGCAUUGGAGUUAGGUGCUACUCCAAAUCAAGAGAAAUCCAUGAGAAUAAGAGGAUUAGAAUGUUUGGUUUCGAUAUUAAAAUGUAUGGUGGAAUGGAGCAAGGAACUUUAUAUCAAUCCAAACUUACAAACUACUUUAGGUGAAAGAACUGCUAAAGAAGACACUGAUCACCACAGUAUUAAAUCACAUGGAGGAUCUAGUCUGAGUCUAGUUUCCACAGGUUCAAGUAACAUUGGCAACAGAGAAACAUUAGAUUCUCCAGAACAAUUUGAAGUAUUAAAACAGCAAAAAGAAGUAUGGGAAACUGGUAUUGAUUUAUUUAAUAGAAAACCUAAGAAAGGGGUAGCUUUCUUGCAGGAGCAAAGCUUACUAGGAACAUCUACAAAGGAAAUUGCUGAAUGGUUAUUAACUGAUGAAAGACUUGAUAAGACAUUCAUAGGUGAAUAUUUAGGGGAAAAUGAUGAUCAUUCAAAAGAAGUUAUGUAUGCAUAUGUGGAUUCAAUGAAUUUUGCAAAUAUGGAUAUUGUGGCUGCUCUACGACAUUUCUUAGAAGGAUUCAGGUUACCUGGUGAAGCACAGAAGAUUGACAGAUUGAUGGAAAAAUUUGCGUCACGUUAUUGUGAGUGUAAUCCAAAUAACACUCUAUUCAGUAGCGCUGACACAGUUUAUGUAUUAGCAUUCUCUAUUAUUAUGCUAACAACAGACCUACACUCACCUCAAGUAAAAAACAAAAUGACAAAAGAACAGUAUAUUAAAUUGAACAGUGGUAUAAGCGACAAUAAUGAUCUGCCACGCGAGUAUUUGUCUCAAAUAUAUGACGAAAUUGCUGGACAUGAAAUUAAAAUGAAAAAUACUUCUAAACCUGGUAAACACAUGAUUGCUAAUGAAAAGAAACGAAAACUAAUUUGGAAUAUGGAAAUGGAACAAAUAUCUACAGCUGCAAAGAAUUUGAUGGAAUCCGUAUCUCACGUGCAGACACCAUUUACUACUGCUAAACAUGUGGAACAUGUAAGACCAAUGUUCAAAAUGGCAUGGACACCUUUCCUUGCAGCAUUUUCAGUAGGCUUACAGGACUGUGAUGAUCCUGAAAUAGCUUCACUUUGCCUCGAUGGAAUUAGAUGCGCUAUCCGUAUCGCGUGUAUAUUCCACAUGUCCCUAGAAAGAGAUGCAUAUGUGCAAGCACUUGCACGAUUUACUCUUCUCACAGCCAAUUCGCCAAUCACCGAAAUGAAAGCUAAGAACAUAGACACAAUCAAAACUUUAAUUACAGUUGCACAUACUGAUGGAAACUACUUGGGAUCAAGUUGGCUAGAUGUUGUUAAAUGCAUUUCUCAGUUAGAAUUGGCUCAGCUUAUUGGAACAGGUGUACGGCCACAAUUUUUAUCAGGAUCUGGAAUAAAACCGCAACCAGAUUCAUUAAAAUUCAGUUUGAUGACUUUAGAUCCUAGCGUGAAAGAGCAUAUAGGUGAAACGAGUUCCCAGAGUGUUGUAGUUGCCGUUGACAGAAUAUUUACUGGCUCUACGAGACUGGAUGGCGAUGCAAUUGUUGAUUUUGUUAAAGCAUUGUGCCAAGUUUCGCUUGACGAACUAAGCCAUCCAAGUAAUCCUAGAAUGUUCUCUCUUCAAAAAAUCGUCGAAAUAUCGUACUACAAUAUGGGACGAAUCAGGUUACAAUGGUCACGAAUUUGGCAAGUGCUAGGUGACCAUUUCAAUAAAGUUGGGUGCAGUGGCAAUGAAGAUAUCUCAUUUUUUGCGGUAGACUCCUUGAGGCAACUCUCUAUGAAGUUUAUUGAAAAAGGAGAGUUUGCUAAUUUUAAAUUCCAAAAAGACUUUUUAAGGCCAUUUGAACAUAUUAUGAAAAAGAACAGCUCACCGACAAUAAGAGAUAUGGUAGUACGAUGUAUUGCACAGAUGGUAAAUUCUCAAGCACCAAAUAUCAAAUCUGGUUGGAAAAACAUAUUUUCAGUAUUCCAUUUGGCAGCAAGUGAUCAAGAUGAGGCGAUUGUAGACUUAGCAUUCCAAACCACUGGUAAAAUAAUAACAGAAUUGUAUGAAAAGCAAUUCCCUGCCAUGAUAGAUUCAUUCCAAGAUGCAGUAAAAUGCUUAUCUGAAUUUGCUUGCAAUGCGAAAUUCCCCGAUACAUCUAUGGAAGCGAUAAGACUAGUCAGAUCCUGUGCCACUGCUGUUGGUGCUUCCCCACAGCUAUUUGCUGAGCACGCAGGGCUUGAAGGUGAACCAGGCGCACCUGAAGUAGAUAGAGUCUGGUUGAGAGGAUGGUUCCCACUACUUUUCUCGUUGUCAUGCGUCGUAAGCCGGUGCAAAUUAGAUGUUCGGACCCGAGGUCUAACAGUCUUAUUUGAGAUUAUAAAAACUCAUGGUGAUUCAUUCCGUCCGCAUUGGUGGAGAGAUUUAUUUAAUAUUCUUUUUAGGAUAUUUGACAAUAUGAAACUACCUGAACAUCAGUUGGAGAAAAAUGAAUGGAUGACUACAACUUGCAAUCAUGCAUUGUACGCAAUCGUGGAUGUCUUCACGCAGUACUUUGACGUUCUCGGUACGCUUUUGUUAGAACAACUUUAUUCGCAAUUACAUUGGUGUGUCCAACAAGACAACGAACAGCUAGCGAGAUCAGGUACAAAUUGUUUAGAGAAUCUAGUCAUUUCAAACGGAACAAAAUUCAAUGAAGACACGUGGAGUAAUACAUGUCAAAUUAUGUUGGACAUAUUUAACAGUACGCUACCAACAACAUUACUUACUUGGAAGCCUGAAGAAAACGACGACGGGGAAACGCCACACGUACGACAUGGCAUACUGAAGAAACCUCAAGGAGGAGAUGAUUGUAAAACAUCUAACAGAGUAUUCAACAGUCUUCUAAUAAAGUGUGUGGUACAGCUCGAAUUGAUUCAAACGAUCGAUAACAUAGUCUUCUACCCAGCGACAUCGAGAAAAGAAGACGCCGAAACAUUAGCGUUAGCUGCUGCAGAACUAACUGGGGGCACACCAGGAACAGAACAAGAAUGUCAACGUGAAGAACAAGGCAUGUACAGAUUAUUGAGUUCACCUCAUUUGCUGCGACUCGUUGAAUGCUUAAUGUGCAGCCACCGCUUCGCUAAAACAUUCAAUACGAACAACGCCCAGAGAAAUGUACUCUGGAAAGCCAAUUUUAAAGGAGCUGUGAAACCUAACAUGUUGAAACAGGAGACGCAAUCAUUAGCGUGUGUUCUGCGGAUACUAUUCAAAAUGUACAGUGACGAAGCGCGUCGAGAUCACUGGCCCGCUGUACAAAAAAGCUUAAUAAACAUUUGUUGCGAAGCCUUGGAAUAUUUCGCUGGGGUUACCAAUGAAACCCAUAGAGAUGCGUGGACGUCGAUCCUACUGUUGAUUCUCACAAGAAUACUUAAGAUGCCCGACGAAAGAUUUGCGGCCCACGUAUCCAGCUACUACCCGUUGCUGUGUGAGAUCACGUGCUUCGACUUGAAGCCCGAGCUGCGCUCCGUGCUGCGCCGGGUGUUCAUCCGCAUCGGACCAGUGUUCAAUAUCGUGUCCAACACGCAAUAAUGCACACUCAUUUACAAACAAUAUGGCCUUAUAGUUUUAUAGGUUUAAUAUAUGACUUGGAUGUUAACGUUAAAAAAUAAAAAUACACUCGUUGAUUCCUUAAAUUUUAAUGUAACAUUGACAGCAAUCAGUACUUCAGUAGUAUUAAAAGUGAUCUAUAAUAAUUAUAAAUAGGCUGUAGUUGUAUGUUUUAAUUUAUAUAACUUAUUACUUUAUUACGAUCAGUUAAAAUUUAUAAUUGUAUAAUAAUUAAAAAAUAAAUAAAAAAAAAAUAAA